AAAAAGCGUAUUUACGUCGUAAAAACACUGCACAAAGAGACAGCAAAAAUCCAAAAAUAAACAAGAUAGUAAUAUUGACAAUCACUUCUCUCCAUAAAAUUGUAUGUGAGAUUAAUCACCCAGAAUUUUUAAGACCAAUAAUUUGUUUCUUCUAAGUUUAAUCUAGCUGUAAAUUUCCAAAACUAAGUUCACCCCUGUACUAAAAUGUAAACAAAGUGCCUAUUUCCCCUCCAGUGGAAUUUUCUAUUAUUAGUACGUUUAGUACAUGCAGAUGAUACUUUCUUGAAGACAACCCCAGAAGAAAGAAAGACAAGAAAGGGGCAAAAAUAAUUCAAAAUGCCGAAAUUUAUAAGAGACAGAGAGAAGAGACUUCAUAUUUUCUCCACAAAAAAAUCCAGGCUGCUGAGUAGAGCUUAUAAACUUUCAACAUUGACAGGAACACAAGUGCUUGUGAUAAUUCAAAGUGAAAAUGGAGACGUAUAUAAUUUUGCCACGAAAAAAUUCCAGCCCGUGUUGACGAGCGAAGAAGGGAAAGAAUUAAUUAGAUCCUGUUUGAGUAGUCCUGACUCACAUUAUGAAACUUCGGAAAAUGAAGGCACUGACGAGGAAAAUAAUUCCGUUUCUUCAAAAUCUUCAAAAUCAACUGCAAAUACAGCUGGAGAAGACCCCGAAGACAUAGACACUGAAGAAAAAAAAGUUUCAGACAAAUCCAGCCUUUGGUCUCGAUUCAAAUCUCUAUGGUUGUAAAUGGUCUUGGUUUUUAAGUAUUUUUUUAAUGCAUGAAAAUUAAAGUUUCGUUACCAGGGUGUCUAGCCGAUGGAUGAUUUUUAAUUUUUCUCGGCCCGUUUCAUAGAGUUCAACCAUUCCAUGGAAUGAUUUUAAACAAUUUUUUAACAUUUUUAAGAUUUCUGGUUUGAGAGAGAAAUUUUUUGAAAAGAAUGAUAAAUUCUGAAUUGAAAACUUAGAAUUCAAUUUUUUUUCCUGAAUUCGCGCUCCAUAUGAAAAUUGCUCUAUUCCAAGAUAGAUUCAUAUUUAUUUAUAUUAGUUGCUACUAUAAUUCAGAAAUACAGUAACUUCUUUUUUAUAAAAUUUGGAAGAGGGAAGUUUUAAAUUUUUGGAAAUUUUUAUUUUCAAAAACAAAACAAAAUGUUUAAAAUCAAACUCGGAUUUGAAAUAGAGAAUUUUCGAAAUCUGAAAAAUUCUGACUUUGAAUAGAAAUUGUUUUUGCAAAUUCCUUUUUUUUUGUAGAUCAGAAUUAUCAAAAUUUUCCUCUUUCAUAUAAAAAAUUAUGUUUUCGUAAGCCAAAAUAAAAAGUCUUUAAGGGAAUUUGUCAUACAUAAUUUAUGUAUUCCCCAUUUGAACACGGAAUUUCGAAUUGUUAGAAAAAAUUUCCAUACUAAGUAAUUUAAAGAUUUAUAUUUUGUGACGAAUUCCGAAUUGAAAUAGGGAUUGAUGUGUCAAAAUCCCUUUUUAUAAAUCAGAAUUAAAAUUAAUUAAAUUAAAUUAAAUCUUUACGAGAAUCUUUGUCAUAUAAAAUUUGUUUAUUCCGCAUCCAACCUCAGAAUUUCAAAUUCUUUUAGAAACCAAAUCAAAUCAAAAUUAAAUUCAUUUUCGAAAUUUCCUGCUCCAAGUCAAAAUUUUGUUUAUUAGCAAAUUUUUCUGUUAUAAUUCCGAAAUAUUGUAACUCCCAUUUUCCAAAAUUUUGAAGAGGGAAGUUUUAAAUUUUGACAAAUUUGAACUUGGAACAGGUAGUUUUGUUGAAUACCUUUUUCUGAAUCAGAAUUAUGCUUUACUGAAACUCAACGUAGAAACUUAAAAAAUAAUAAUUUUUUAGAAAAAAUGUCCUGUUCAAAUUCAGGAUAAUUGUAUUUGUUUACGUGAAUUUUGUUAUUCUUCUUUUAUUUGUUCCUUGUUCCAACUCAAAAUUAUAAUUCUUUAAAAAUAUGCACUGUUCCAAGCCAUAAUUGUGAUUUUGUUGGAAAAAUUCACUUUCCCAGUGAGAAUUUUGACUUUUUUUUUUUUACAAAUCCCCUGUUCCAAAUUAGAAUUAGAGUAAUAACAUAUAUGAAAGCAUUUUUAAUUUUCUUAUAAAUAUAUUCGAGUUUACAUUUUGUAAAUGCAUAAUAUUCAUUCUGAAUUUUCAGUCAAUAUCAUUCUAUUAUUUACAACUUGUUACAAAAAUAUUAAUUUCAUAAGUACCUUCCUACUUAGACGAUAUUAAUACAAAAUUUCUGGGCGAAACUCUGCAGUCGAAUUCCGC